CGGGACUGAAAAAUAAUACUUUUAUAAACAAGAAACAACCAAAGAAAAUACACCCGAGAAGAGGGACGGAUUGUUUAAUUUUUUAUUCUAAAUUUAUUCAUUGUUACUGAUUUAUUUAUCUCUCAGUUUACCUUCAUUUUGGGAAAACCUCAAAUAAGCUAAGGAGAACAAAAUAACAUUCAACUGUUUCAAAAGAAGAAAUCUACUUGUGACUUAAAAGAAGAAAACCUCACAAGUGUUGAGACGAACAGGUGACACCGACCACCCAGGGGUUUCUUUGCCUUUUCCACAGUCUAUGUAUUUGGAUUUGGCAUUUUCCGCCCGCCGCCCUCCUACUAUGGUGAUCAUGGAAGUCCCCAGCAUCGAUGCCGUGUCCCUCCGCGGGCUUCUGGAGGGUGAAGACCCGGGCUGUCUGGUCCUGGACUGCCGCUCAUUCUUCUCCUUCAACUCCUCUCACAUCUCCGGGUCCACCAACGUCCGCUUCAGUACUAUAGUCCGCCGGAGGGCCAGAGGGGGGCUGGGGGUGGGACACAUCGUGCCCAACGAGGACACGCGGAACCGGCUUCUCUCAGGGGAGUAUCGGUCGGUGGUGUUUCUGGAUGAUCGGAGUUUGGACUUCGGCCAAGUGAAGAAGGACGGGACUCUAAUGCUCGCCGUGACAGCUCUGUGCCGAGACCCGUGUGGAGCUAGUGUCUUCUUUCUCAAAGGUAAUUAGAUUUAUUAUAAACGUGUUAUAGUAGCUUUUUUAUGUAGCCUAGGCUUCUCCAUGUUGAUGAAGCAAUCGGCGCACAACAAAUGUGCCGUUGCGUAGGCCUACGUCAGUUAUGAGGUGAACGCUGUGACUGUGCCAAAAUAGCCACUAUACAGCUGCUUGUAACUGACGGGACUGUUGGACGGUAUCCUUACGUCCUGUAACUGAGAUGGUGACGGGACUGUUGGACGGUAUCCUUACGUCCUGUAACUGAGAUGGUGACGGGACUGUUGGACGGUAUCCUUACGUCCUGUAACUGAGAUGGUGACGGGACUGUUGGACGGUAUCCUUACGUCCUGUAACUGAGAUGGUGACGGGACUGUUGGACGGUAUCCUUACGUCCUGUAACUGAGAUGGUGACGGGACUGUUGGACGGUAUCCUUACGUCCUGUAACUGAGAUGGUGACGGGACUGUUGGACGGUAUCCUUACGUCCUGUAACUGAGAUGGUGACGGGACUGUUGGACGGUAUCCUUACGUCCUGUAACUGAGAUGGUGACGGGACUGUUGGACGGUAUCCUUACGUCCUGUAACUGAGAUGGUGACGGGACUGUUGGACGGUAUCCUUACGUCCUGUAACUGAGAUGGUGACGGGACUGUUGGACGGUUAUCCUUACGUCCUGUAACUGAGAUGGUGACGGGACUGUUGGACGGUAUCCUUACGUCCUGUAACUGAGAUGGUGACGGGACUGUUGGACGGUAUCCUUACGUCCUGUAACUGAGAUGGUGACGGGACUGUUGGACGGCAUCCUUACGUCAUUUAGCGGCAUCCUUACGUCCGUUCUUGUCAUUGUUUAGGUGGUUUUGACACGUUCUCCUCCGAGUAUCCAGAGAUGUGCACCAAGCCGUCAGCUCCACAGGGACUGAGUCUGCCCCUCAGCGCCCGGCCAGACAGCGCCGACAGUCCAUGCAGGACACCGCUUUAUGACCAGGUAGGUUUUCUUUUUAAACAUGUAUUUUGUAUGUUAUUACUGUGUAACAACACUUUUACCUGUAUAGUAAAUAAACCAAUGUCAGUGUGUCAUCAAACAAUAGAUUCUGCCAUCUUAAACUAACCUCAAUUUGGUAGGCUAUAAUAAUAUGCCAUUUAGCAGACGCUUUUAUCCAAAGCCACUUACAGUCAUGUGUGCAUUUUUUUACGUAUGGGUGGUCCCGGGGAUCGAACCCACUACCCUGGCGUUAUGAGCGCCAUGCUCUACCAAUUGAGCUACAGAGGACCACAUAGGCAUACGUAUUUAUAGGCUUGGAUUUGACAUUGGUUUCUGUUCCUAUCUUCAUCUCCAAUAACACUUUGACACGUUAUUACUCUCAAAACAGUGUCAGUGUGUCAUCAAACUAUAUAUUUUGACAUCUUAGACUAACUUUAUUACAGCCUAACUCUUUAGGGCUGGUGGUUGACUGUUUUCUGUCCUGUUCCACUCCUCCUCUCCAGGGUGGUCCAGUGGAGAUCCUUCCCUUCCUCUACCUGGGCAGUGCCUACCAUGCCUCCAGAAAGGACAUGUUAGACAUGCUGGGUAUCACUGCUCUUAUCAACGUGUCAGCUAACUGCCCCAACCACUUUGAAGAGUCCUUCCAGUACAAGAGUAUCCCUGUAGAGGACAACCACAAGGCUGACAUCUCCUCCUGGUUCAACGAGGCCAUAGAGUUUAUCGGUGAGUGUCUUAACUGUCUUAGGCUACAUUUACAUUACAUUUAGCAGACACUCCAAUCCAGAGCGACUAACAGUCAGUGUAUUCAACUUCAGGUAGCUAGGUAAGAAAACGUAUUGAGACUUUGGAACUACGUAUAAGGUUAUAUCUGACAUUUUUGUAAACAAUUAGCUAUUCACAUAUAAUUUAUCUUUAGAUUGUUAUUCAUAUGUCUGUGAAGUUAGAUUUUUGAAAAAGUACAUUUUAAGUGAAAAAAAAAUGGAAAACUAGAAAAUUCUAUCUGCAUAAACCCAUUUGAACUUUAGUGCUCUAAGGUUCCAUCUGCAAGCCAAUCACAAGCCUGAACAAAUACAGACGGACCAAUCAGAACAUGUCUUUGCCAUCUCCCUCUAAGCAUGGUCUAGUCUAGUCUAGCCAGCGAUAACGGCACGCAAGCAAAAUAAAAAAACAACACUGUCAGAAAUCUUAAAGUAAAUGGCGUGGCCACAUCGUUGUUCCGUGAUGACAGUAAUUCGUCUGAUGAUCAUAAUGCAUUUCUUAAUGUAUUUGAUGAUGUGUUCUCUAUCUCUAUCUUGGUAAAAUAGUGUUAUUCUAUCAUUUAUUUAUUUAAAUAGCUACAGUUGUCUUAAAAACGUCUAAUUCAGAUGUAUCAGAUAGAACUAUAUGGCUGAACCCAGAUUGACAUUUCAGAGCCAUAAGGUGCUAUCUGCGAUUGCACCCCCAUAAAAAAAAAACUGAAUUUGUGGAUUUUGAUACUCUGCACUUUAGGUGCCUUUAAGAUGAGGACCUUAAUGGGUUUAUGAAAGAAGAAUUCACUACAAAACAGUUCUGAGAUGUGAAAACUUUGAUGCUCAAUAUCUCAGAACUAUGCUUUGAGCAGGUCACGAUAUCACGGUCAUUGUAAGUAGCUAGCGAACUAGUUCAGUUUUAAUUCUCUCAUAGCUCUAGUUAACUGACAAACAGAGGACACAAUCACCAAGCAAGGCAACCACAGCUGUAGUCAUGGAAGCCAUUGGCUUGGCGGGAAAACGAACUACUACAACUCAACAGCCAACCCCCUCUCUCCAUCCCUCCCUCCUCUCCUCCAUUCAAUGACUUGGAUUUAAAUAGAAAAAAGUUCCCUCCAAAACCCCGACCAGCUGUCUGAGCCAGGGCUCCCUGCUCCACCACAAUGGUGGUGACAUCAUCACACCCCAUCCACCCCUCUACUAG